AUGGCGCUGAAAGAUACGUCCGCAGGUGCGGCCGUCUACUUUCCCAUAUUUCUCCGUUAUAUUUAUGACCCUCUUGUUCUUGGGCUCUAUUGUCCAUAUGCCUGGCAAAUUUCGUCGAAGCGUUUGCGAAAGUUCUUUAACGACCACAUAAUCAAUGCCACUUCUCGGUCCCUAUCUCGCGACUCACAGCGGCAUCGCAAAGAGUUAAUACCUGGUGCUGCCUCUCCUCGCAUGCUCGAUAUCGGUGUUGGUACUGGCUACUUCCUGAAAUAUGCUCCCAUUUCAGAAGGAGCUGAAGUUGUUCUUGUUGACCUGAAUCCUUCUGCUCUGCAAGCUGCUUCAUCGCGGACACUACAGGCGCACCCACAAGUCACCUGCAAGACCUCAGUUGCGGACUUUUUGGACCCUUCAGCAAAAGGCCUUUCUUGUGAGGAUUUAGGAGGUGGCAGGUUCGAUGCUAUUUCUGUAAUGCUACUGCUUCACUGUGUUCCAGGUCCUCCAGCACGCAAAGGAGAGGCUUUAGUCCGACUUAAAAGUCUGCUGGCAUCUGAUGGCGUGCUCUUUGGAGCAACAAUUCUUGGCAGAGGUGUCAAACACAAUUUUAUGGGGAGAGUCAUCAUGUUUUGGCACAACCUUUGGGGGGUUUUCGGAAAUGAUGAUGAUGAUGUUGAGAGCUUCAUCGGACCUUUGCGGAAUGCCUUCGAAGAUGUCAGGUGGACAGUUUGUGGAACUAUGCUACUUUUCGAAGCGACGAAGCCCAAAGACUGA